AUGCCGAGUCUGGUUGUGCCGGGGAUCAUGGAGCGGAACGGGGGCUUCGGGGAGCUGGGCUGCUUCGGGGGUCGCGCCAAGGAGAGGGGGCUCCUGGGGGACGAUCGCGCCCUGCAGCUGGCCCUCGACCAGCUCUGCCUGCUGGGCUUCGGGGAGACCCCCGCCCCGCCCGGGGGGGCAGCGGGGGCGGGAGGGGCGGCGGGAGGGGGAGCGGGGGGCUCCCCCAACGCCCCCAACCCCGGGCCCCCCGCCCCGGACGGAGACGACGGCGACGACCACCACGGGGGCGGCGGGGGGGACGCCCCCUCCCCCAGCCCCCCGCCCCCGGGACCCCCGGGACCCCCGGGACCCCCCCCUCCCCCUCCCCCCCCUCCCCCUCCUCCGCCCCCUCCGCCCCCUCCUCCGGGCCCCCCGAGCCCCCAGACCCCCGAGCCCGGGGUUGGGGGUGGGGGUCCCCCCCCGGGGGUCCCGGGGGUCCCGGGCCCGAAGCUGUGCGCCCUGGCCUACAAAGAGGCGGAGUUCCGCCUGAAGAGCAGCUGCAACACCACCGAGUGCGUCCCGGUCCCCAGCUCCGAGCACGUCGCGGAGAUCGUGGGGCGACAAGGUUGUAAGAUCAAGGCGCUGCGGGCCAAGACCAACACGUACAUCAAGACGCCCGUGCGCGGCGAGGAGCCCGUGUUCAUGGUGACCGGCCGGCGGGAGGACGUGGCCACGGCCCGGCGGGAGAUCAUGUCGGCGGCCGAGCACUUCUCCAUGAUCCGCGCGUCGCGCCACAGGGCGGGCGCGGCGGCCUCCUCGGCGGCGGCGGCGGCCGGCGGGUCCUCGGCCUUCUGCGGGCCCGGCGGCGGCGGCGGCGGCGGCGGCGGCGGCCCGGGCUUGCCGGGCCAGGUGACCAUCCGCGUGCGGGUCCCCUACCGCGUGGUGGGACUGGUGGUCGGGCCCAAAGGGGCCACGGUGAAGCGGAUCCAGCAGCAGACCAGCACUUACAUCGUGACGCCCAGCCGCGACCGCGACCCCGUGUUCGAGAUCACGGGCGCCCCGGGCAGCGUGGAGCGGGCGCGGGAGGAGAUCGAGACCCACAUCGCCGUGCGCACCGGCAAGAUCCUGGACUACGGCGGCGACGCCGACUUCCUGCCCCCGCUCAGCCCCGAGCCCGGGCCCGAGGGCCGGCCCGCCGACGCCUGGCGGCUCCCGGGGGCCGGCGGGCGGGCCCCGGGCGGCCCCCGCUCGGCCGGCCUGGGCUGCCUCGGGGACGGCGGCGCCGAGAUGGCCGGCGACCUCGGCUACGGCUACCUCUUCCCCGGCUACGGGGUGGGCAAGCAGGACGUCUACUACGGGCUGGCGGACGGCAGCCCCCCGCUCUGGGCCGGCCAGGAGGGGUCCGUCCUGUUCGCCGCGGCGGCGGCGGCGGCCCAGGCCCAGGCCCAGGCCCAGGUGGCCCCGGCCCGGCCCGGCGGCGGCCCCCACCGCCCGCCUUCGUCGUCCUCGUCGUCCUCGCCCGGGGGAGGCCUGGACCUGCCGGGCCUGGCCGCCCGCCGGGCCCCCGGGGACCCGCUGACCGUCUUCCCCAAGCUGGGCGCGGGCGUGCUCAGGACCCCGGCGCCCGGCGCCCGCGACUGCGUGGUCUGCUGCGAGAGCGAGGUCACGGCCGCCCUGGUCCCCUGCGGACACAACCUGUUCUGCAUGGAGUGCGCCGUGCGCAUCUGCGAGCGGACGCAGCCCGUGUGCCCCGUCUGCCACAGCUCCGCCACGCAGGCCAUCCGAAUAUUCUCCUAG